GCCUCACCGUGUCCCGUGAGCCUGCCUCCCCGGCCGGGGAUGAAGCCGGGAGGCGGCCGCACGGGGCCCAGCACAAAGGCUUGUCCCCGGGGGCCGCCGCCGCCAGCCUAGAGCCGCCCACCGAAGCGGAGCCGGCGCCGGGGCCCUCAUCCCCGCCGGUCCCUGGGGACGGCUGCUGCCGGUCUCCCCGAGGCCCAGGGGCCCGAGCGCCGAGCCCCUUGCUCCCCCGGCUACGGUGGGACCGGGCACCUGUGCAGCCUCCACCGCUCCCGGCCGUAGAGGCCCCAAGGAGCAUGUCCGAGGAGAGCGACAUGGAGAAAGCCAUCAAGGAAACCUCCAUUUUAGAGGAAUACAAUAUCAAUUGGACUCAGAAGCUGGGAGCUGGAAUUAGUGGUCCAGUUAGAGUCUGUGUAAAGAAAUCUACUCAAGAACGGUUUGCACUGAAAAUUCUCUUUGAUCGUCCAAAAGCUAGAAAUGAGGUACGUCUGCACAUGAUGUGUGCCACACACCCAAAUAUAGUUCAAAUUAUUGAAGUGUUUGCUAACAGUGUACAGUUUCCUCAUGAGUCCAGCCCCAGGGCUCGACUCUUAAUUGUAAUGGAGAUGAUGGAAGGGGGAGAGCUAUUUCACAGAAUCAGCCAGCACCGGCACUUUACAGAGAAGCAAGCCAGCCAAGUAACAAAGCAGAUAGCUUUGGCUCUACAGCACUGUCACUUGUUAAACAUCGCUCACAGAGACCUCAAGCCUGAAAAUCUGCUCUUCAAGGAUAACUCUUUGGAUGCCCCAGUGAAGUUGUGUGACUUUGGAUUUGCCAAAAUUGACCAAGGGGACUUGAUGACACCCCAGUUCACCCCUUAUUACGUUGCACCUCAGGUAUUGGAGGCACAGAGAAGGCAUCAGAAGGAGAAAUCUGGCAUCAUACCUACCUCGCCAACACCCUACACUUACAACAAGGUAGGGGAAGAGAUACUUACCUGUACGCUUCAGCUUUUUAGGUGCCCUGAAGUGAGUGUGAAAACUGAUGAUAGUGUUUACAUUCAGGCGGUGGUUGCAGGAAUCCAGCAGGCUCACGCGGAACAGUUGGCCAACAUGAGAAUCCAGGAUCUGAAAGUCAGCCUCAAACCCCUGCACUCUGUGAACAACCCCAUUCUGAGGAAGAGGAAAUUACUCGGCACCAAGCCAAAGGACGGUGUUUAUAUCCAUGACCGGGAGAAUGGAGCCGAGGAUUCAAAUGUUGCCUUGGAAAAGCUCCGAGAUGUGAUUGCUCAGUGUAUUCUCCCCCAGGCUGGAGAGAAUGAAGAUGAAAAAUUGAAUGAAGUAAUGCAGGAGGCUUGGAAGUAUAACCGGGAAUGCAAACUUCUAAGAGAUACUCUGCAAAGCUUCAGCUGGAAUGGUCGUGGAUUCACAGAUAAAGUAGAUCGGCUAAAACUGGCAGAAAUUGUGAAGCAAGUGAUAGAAGAGCAAACCAUGUCCCAUGAAUCCCAAUAAUGACAGCUUCAGACUUUGUUUUUUUAACAAUUUGAAAAUUAUUCUUUAAUGUAUAAAGUAAUUUUUAUGUAAAUUAAUAAAUCAUAAUUUCAUUUCCACAUUACUUAAAGAUGCUGUAUAGAUUUAGAUACAGGACUUAUUCAUAGUAUAGUUCAUUUGUUUGUUUUUAAGAAAAGCUCAGUUCCUAGAGAUAUACUAUUACUCUAGGACUGUUUUCUCAUAUGUUUGUAAGAUGACAGAUGGUAUCGUCAAACAAGAUUAUUUUAUUUGUAAUAAAGUGUACAAAACCAUUUGCCAGUGGUAGACAAAGGACUGACUAUACUGACCUGUUUAGUAAACAGUUGAAUCAAGUACUGUGGAAUCUGGUUUCACUUGCCCUGUGUAUUUGCUUUCUGCACGAUUGGUAGAUUACCUCUGGUGCCAAAAAAUUUUUGUGGAUCCAUACUGCAGACUGCCUGCUGGAACCCACAGGAUGCCAACUCCCAUGAUGGAGGAGGCAGGGAUCUGAGUCCUCAUUUUUCUUGUCCCUGAUUAUUUUGAGAAAAGUGGUAACAUUUCUUUUUUGCCAUAUCUUUUAAAAGGUAUUGGUAUGUUUCUUAAAUCUAAUGGGAUUUUGAGUUUAUUCUUUUCAUGCAGGACCAGAGCUUCAUUCUGUUCAUCUGAGGUCCUGCUCAGUCCUCUCCCCGCUUCCCCGCAGACCUCACCAAGCUCUGUUGCUUUUUCAUCUUUUUCUCUGUUCUCCUGGCUCUUUUUAUUGGAUGAUUUUUUUGAGAAAGUUACAUAUCAUAUAAACUGAACUAUUGGGUUA